AUGUCUGCUCUAGAUAUCAACAACCUACAGAACUCCUUCCAAGAAGCUUUCAACUUAUCUGGAUCUCCAGGUGCUGUUUCCACUUCUCCUACACAAUCUUUUAUGAACUCGUUACCACAACGUUUAAGCGCAGCAAAGCAACAAAAAGUGCUAAAACCUUUCUCUACAGGUGACAUUAAGAUACUUCUGUUAGAGAACGUUAACGAGACUGCCAUUUCCAUCUUCAAGCAACAAGGUUACCAAGUUGAAUUCCACAAAUCUUCUCUUCCAGAAGAAGAACUAAUUGAAAAGAUUAAAGACGUUCACGCCAUUGGUGUUAGAUCAAAAACGAAAUUAACAAAGAAAGUUCUUGAACAUGCUAAAAAUCUAGUGUGUAUUGGUUGUUUCUGUAUUGGUACUAACCAAGUCGAUUUGGAUUUCGCCGCUAAUAAGGGGAUUGCUGUCUUCAAUUCUCCCUUCUCUAACUCUAGAUCCGUCGCUGAACUAUUAAUUGCUCAAGUUAUUACUUUAGCUAGACAAGUUGGUGACAGAUCAAUAGAAUUACAUACUGGUACUUGGAAUAAGGUUUCUGCCAGAUGUUGGGAAGUUAGAGGUAAGACAUUAGGUAUCAUUGGGUAUGGUCAUAUCGGUAGUCAAGUCUCUGUCCUUGCGGAAGCAAUGGGUAUGCAUGUCAUCUAUUACGAUAUUGUCACCGUCAUGGCUUUAGGUACAUCUAAACAAGUUCCAACUUUGGAUGAAUUAUUAAACAAGGCUGAUUUUGUCACUUUGCAUGUUCCAGAAACUCCUGAAACUAAAAAUAUGUUGUCUGCCCCACAAUUCGCCGCUAUGAAAGAUGGUGCUUAUGUUAUUAAUCUUUCAAGAGGUACCGUGGUGGAUAUCCCAUCUUUAAUCCAAGCUAUGAAGGUUAAUAAGAUUGCCGGUGCUGCCAUCGACGUUUAUCCAAAUGAACCUGCCAAGAAUGGUGCUGGUUCAUUUAAUGAUGAUUUGAACAAAUGGACUUCUGAAUUGGUUUCAUUACCAAAUAUCAUCUUGACUCCACAUAUCGGUGGUUCUACUGAAGAAGCUCAAAGUGCCAUUGGUAUCGAAGUCGGUAACGCUUUGACCAAGUACAUCAAUGAAGGUAACUCUGUUGGUUCAGUCAAUUUCCCAGAGGUUUCCUUGAGAUCAUUGGAUUUGGAUCAAGAAAACACAGUUCGUGUAUUAUAUAUCCAUCAAAAUGUUCCAGGUGUCUUAAAGACUGUUAACAAUAUCUUAUCUAACCAUAACAUCGAGAAACAAUUUUCCGAUUCUAAUGGUGAUAUUGCUUACUUGAUGGCCGAUAUUUCUCAAGUUAAUCAAAGUGAUAUUAAGAACAUUUACGAUGAAUUAAAUCAAACCUCUUCCAAGAUCUCUAUUAGACUACUAUAUUAA